AUGGAUAUUUCUUCAUAUGGACAUUUAAAAAUACGCAGGAGUGCGCGUGGUAAGCGGCCCUUGCGAAAUCUUACGCCCCAUGACAAAAUUCGAGCCAUUCAGCGCAUACAUAAGGGCGAGACAAAGGCAUCCGUUUCGCGUGACAUUGGUGUGCCUGAAUCGACGCUUCGAGGCUGGUGUAAAAAUGAGCAAAAGUUACGUUUUAUGUGUCGCCAAAUGCCAUCAGCUGCCAUAGUACAGCGUCCAAAUCUCGCACAGAGUUGUCCAUCAAACGAAAAAAUAAAUAAUUUUGACGUACAAAGUGCCUUCACUAUGGACACUAUGUUAAGGGAUGGAAUAUAUGAUAUACAAAAUUUUAUCGACUAUAAUGCUGCGAAUUAUCCAAGAAGUUUAAACUCUAUGACGAAUGACGAAAACAGCCAAAACGAAGCCAUUUUUAAACAAAUUACCACAAAUGACUUAAUAAAAAGAUCCGCGCUUCCAAGCUCGGCACCAAAGAUUAAAAAGCACUUUCCAUCGGCGAGCGGCAUGCAAUCUUCAUACGGCGUGGGACAUUCCUAUUUAAAUAAAAACAACUCCUUUAUAUCGUCAGAAAACGCGGAACAGGUUCUAGAAAACCGCAAACCAAACAUUUUCCUAGCAGAGUCCGUGAACCAAAAACCGGAAUCAGUUUUAAAGGAAGUAAAUUACUCCGACUCUAAUAAUAACGUAUCUAGUUUCAUAAAUGAUCUCAAAAUGGUCGAAAAUGAGCAGAAGUUUUUGGGCGUUAACUGUAUAGAUGAUAUUAAUAACAACUUCUCAAAAUUGGAGAAAUCCGCAUUUGUUGAGUAUUUAAAUAAUGACAUUUGCACAGGCAACAAUACCAUUAAAAAUGACAAUCAGCUUUCUAAUAUAACCACGUUGUCUCAGUGGUGCGACAUUUUUAAUGCAAGCUUGAGUUUCAUGGCUUUACUAGCAACUUCUGCGAGCAUUACUCACUUAGAAGAUAUCAAUAAUAACGAUUCCCCCGUAAAUCUAGUCAAAAGGCAACGUCUGGAAUCUUCCACAUCUACGCUGGGCUUCAAAACAUUACCUUUUCACAAUGAUUUAUCCACUGAUAGUUAUUAUGGAAAUGAACCUGAAGAUCUGUCAAUGCGGUCAAAAGUUUCCAAAUUAUCGAUGUCAUCUAACAGCCGUUGCCAAAGCCCUGCAAAAAACAUCACGUCCAUUUCUUCGACUCAAAGUGAUGCUGAAUCAUAA